CGGAAUUAGAGCGGUGAUCCUCUAGCUGUAACAUGAUUGCAUGUAGUAUCAUGGUCAUGUCCUGGCUUAGCCCUGCCUAUAAUAGAAACAGAUCCUUUGGUCUGACGAAUGUGCCAUAGACCACAUCUCGGAUAUGCGUCGGAAGACGCGUUUCGUCUGUGUCUCCGACACACAUGCUUACACACCCUCCGAGGCCGGCUUCAAGCUACCAGCUGGAGACGUCUUGAUUCAUGCAGGCGAUCUCACCAACCAUGGUAGCAUGGCUGAACUCCGUAGAACAAUGAAUUGGAUCUCUGCGGCUGACUUUGAGGUCAAAAUCAUCAUCUGUGGAAAUCAUGAUAUUACACUGGACCCAGAAUUCUAUGCCCGCCACGGCUCGAAAUUUCAUGGUCAGCAUCUCGAAAACACUCAAGAAUGCAUCGAACUUGUCACCGAAGCAUCGUCGCCUUCCAUCGUAUUUCUCAGGCACGAGUCAGCACUAGUCCGAUUGAGUCGGCCCAACGGCCCAAACACCAUCUUUAGAGUCUUUGGUUCGCCCUAUUCCCAAUCAUCGGGGACCUGGGCUUAUGUAUACGACUCCUCGGAUGCUGAUGCGCUUUGGAGCAGUAUUCCAUUGGACACUGAUAUUGUGGUAACGCACACCCCGCCUCACUCACAUUGCGACCGCCAUGAAGUAGAGGGUGUAUCAGUCGGGUGUAAAGCCCUCCGCCAGGCUCUAAGCAAAGUUCGACCGAUGCUGGCCGUGUGUGGCCAUGUGCACGAGUCGCGAGGCUAUGAAAGAGUACGGUGGUUUCCAUCAUCCAUACCGUCAUCGACGACAUCAAGCACCGACGAUCAGCCAAGUCAAGUCAUUCAGGGCACCCUCCCUCCACGAGGAAGUCGAAAGCAGAGCCUCGUGGACCUCACAGGAAAGCGGGUACCAAAGCUAGACAAUGAUGGUUUCUUCGCCGAAUGGGCUCAGAAGACCGAAGCCGACCGACCAAGAUCGGAGUCUGCCCUUUCAUGCCUGAACAGAGGAGACUAUGACGAUGAAGAUAGGCUUCACUUGCACAGACACGAAACAUGCAUCAUCAAUGCAGCGGUCAUGGCCACCAGCUGGCCCCAUCGAGGAGGGAAAAGGUUCAAUGCGCCCAUUGUCGUCGAUCUAGAACUCCCAGUAUGGAAGGAGGUAUGAGGAGCCGAGUGACUGGAGUGCAUGGGCUGAAAAUGACGCCUGCCCUUCCUACAACACUCAAUCAAGCAUUAUCUAAGCACAGUACUUUCUUUGUUACCGGUGGUUCUGGUACCAUCUAGCUUCAACAAACAGACAGUUUGAGCUUUGACCUCCGGUUUGAC